UCAAAAGUCAGUUCGAGUAAAAAUAGGAGAAUCAGCUAUUCAGCCCUAAAAAGUCAAAAUAAGCAGGAAAAAUGUAUCAACAGUUCCUAAAUCAUGGAAGCUCACAAUUAUCAUACAUGAGCUCAGAUGAAUUGCGUGAAAUAUUUGGAGAUGAUGAUAAAUUGGACGAGAGAAUCGAUCAAAUUCUCAAGCCACUUGAAAACGAAAAGGAUGUGAUUAUAACAGAGAAUCGAACAUUAGCCGAAAGUAAUCUACAGAAAGAGCCAAAUUUGAUAGAGUUACGAUCCAGAAUAAAUGAUUUAUCCGAGGAAUUUAGAAAUUUAAGUGAAAAUGUCCAAACGAAGUUAAUUCAGUUAAAAUCUAAAUCAAAUACGUCAGAUCCCGAAAGUGUAUUGGCAAGAUUACAAGCCUGCUCAGCAGAAUCAGAAGAGAAGAGUGAUGAGAUUUCAGAUGACUUUUUCAACAGUAAAUUAUCGAUUGAUGAGUUUCUAGAUCAAUUUAAAGUCGCACGGACACAAAUGCAUUUGAGGAAAUUGAAGGCAGAAAAGAUGCAGGAACUAUUAAGACGCGGUGCUCAUCAUAAUGCAACAAACAGCAAUUUUCUACCUCCUAAUACUGGAUUCUAUGGAGCUGCUCCUUAUCCAACGAACAUGCCACCGUAUCCAAUGCCUGUAAUGAGGCCUUCAUACUAGCUACUCAUGCACUAGGAAAGAGAGAGCAUUAUAAAUGUUUAUGUUGCCAGAUUAAAGAAAGAGUUUACAUGCAAAUUAUGACUAUUAUAUCUGCCGAGGGUUUUUCUAAUCGUUAAGAUACUUUGUAUUUCCAUUUCUUCAG